UACGAACCAGUACUUCGAUUACGUGGUCAUGGCCACCAUUAUACUUAACUGUGGCUUCCUAGCCAUGACCGAAACCGUCGAAGAAGCCGAGUACAUCUUCCUAGCCAUCUACACCGCGGAAAUGGUGAUGAAAUCGAUAGCCAAAGGUUUCAUCCUGAACAAGUACACGUAUUUAAGGAAUCCGUGGAACUGGUUGGACUUUGUCGUGAUAACUAGUGGUUACGCUACCAUCGGCAUGGAGGUUGGCAAUCUGGCUGGGCUCAGGACUUUCAGGGUGCUGAGAGCACUCAAAACGGUCUCCAUUUUGCCGGGCUUGAAGACCAUCAUCAACGCGUUAUUGCAUAGCUUUAAGCAACUUGCUGAAGUAAUGACGUUGACCAUUUUCUGCCUGAUGGUUUUCGCGCUGUUUGCCUUACAAGUUUACAUGGGGGAGCUUAGAAAUAAAUGCGUGAAGCAACAGGAGCCCAACGAAACACAGGUCGAAUGGAUAGAGUGGACUUGGAAUUCGUCCAACUGGGCGUUCAAUGAGGACGAGGAGCCAAUCAUCUGUGGCAACGUAACCGGUGCCAGGCACUGCAAUGAGAGCUAUACCUGCCUCUGUGUGGGGCCCAAUCCGAAUCAUGGCUACACCAACUUCGACAAUUUCCUUUGGUCCAUGCUCACCACCUUUCAACUGAUCACUCUUGAUUAUUGGGAAGAUGUCUACAAUAAGGUACUGUCGGCGUGCGGACCUAUAAGCGUCUCGUUCUUCACGGUGGUCGUUUUUUUCGGGUCCUUCUACCUUAUCAAUCUGAUGUUGGCGGUCGUAGCGCUGAGCUACGAAGAAGAAGCUGAAAUUACAAAUGAGGAACGCAAGAAAGACUUGACCGACCAUCGUGAGGACUCGACGUUUAGUUUCGACCCGACGAAGAUCAACAUCAAAACCCUAACCAAAGAGAAGCAGAAGAAAAUCGAUGCGAGGAAAGGGGUACUUCUGAGUAGUUACACGCGGAAAAAGACGCGUCGGCGGAAACGUGGAAGAAGUUCCGCUGGCCAGGAAAAAAAUGGCGGGGCUCGUAGUCGGUCAGUUACGCCAAGUCCCAGCCCCAGUCCCAGACAUAGCAAUGUCAGGCCGUCUCAUCUUCCUUUGCAAAUUAUUGCACCGAAACUUCCAGAGCCCAACGCGGUCCAUAGACUAGCACCUCAUCGAGGCAUGUUGCACUCCAGACAGGCUAGCAACAACAGUAACCAGCAAUCGUCCUUGGACGACUCGGGAGUCGUCGACGAUCACGACGGCGACGACGUGACAUCGGCCGAGGAACACGAGAGGAGAGAACACAGAGAGCACAGGGAGCACAGGGAACACAGGGACCAUAGAGAACAUAGGGAACACAGGGAACACAGGGAAUAUGGGGAAUACAAGGUUGAAAGGGAGGAGCGAGCGAUGAUGGAACUGAGGAAAUCGGAUCAUUCUCCUGCUCCGGUUACGGUUUCGGUGAGGGCCAGUAAUCGAGAAAUUAGGGUUCUGUGCAAUGGAGUCAAGACGAAAAAGCACAUGUACACGCUACCGCCUGAGUACUUGUCGCACAUCGUAGUACUGGACGACCUGCCGGACAGGAACUGUGAUAAGUGCAUCCAGUGCUGCGUGGACUACGAAGGCUGGUUAAGGUUUCAAAACUGUUUGUAUAAGGUAGUCAGGGAUCCACUUUUCGAGCUCAUGAUAACCCUCUGCAUUGUAUUGAACACGGGGUUCCUAGCAAUGGAGCAUCACGGGAUGAGCGAGUCGAUUCGCCAGGCGUUGAAUAUCGGCAACAAAGUCUUCACCAGCAUCUUCACCUUCGAGUGUUUUCUAAAAUUGCUAGCACUGAGCAAGGAUUUCUUCAAUAAUGGGUGGAACAACUUUGACCUUAUAAUAGUGUCAGCUUCCCUUAUCGACUUAACCUUCGAGCUGGUAGAUGGAUUGUCCGUAAUCCGGGGUCUGCGACUGCUAAGGGUGCUGAAACUGGCACAAUCCUGGACCACGAUGAAGGUCCUGCUGAGCAUCAUCAUCUCCUCGAUCGGGGCCCUUGGUAACCUGACCUUCGUCCUGGUGAUCGUGAUCUACAUAUUCGCUGUGAUCGGCAUGCAACUCUUCAGCAAGGAUUACACGCUGGACAAGUUUUACCCAGACCCAGUGCCGCGGUGGAACUUCAAUGACUUUUUUCAUUCGUUCAUGAUGAUCUUCCGUAUUCUAUGCGGUGAAUGGAUUGAGCCACUCUGGGACUGCAUGAGAGCCGAACGUGACGAAGGUCCCGAGACCUGCUUCGCCAUCUUCCUGCCAGCUCUGGUGAUGGGCAAUUUCAUGGUUCUGAAUCUCUUCUUGGCGUUGUUGCUCAACAGUUUCAAUUCCGAGGAGCUGAAACAAAAGAAAGAGGAGGUCGGUGAGGAGUCCAAGCUGGCUCGGUCCUUUGAUCGGAUUCGCUCGAUAGUGCGCAAGAAAAAGUACCGCAAGGAGAACUCCGAAAACGAGAAGAAUUCCAGACUGGAGCAAAUAGUCAGAGAGGUGAUGGACAAGUCGGACAAGGAGAAAUACGCCAUCCAGGAAACCGUUCUGAGCCUUCCCAAAGACAAUAUUUACAAUAGGUCCUACCAAGAGAGUCUGAAUCAACCAGUAUUCACCUACGACCCUGUUUACCGCCAGGCCACCGUUACAACCUACAGCCAGGGUAGCUUGGAGGCCACCAAAGAGUCCAACACGCUCAAGGAGAAAUCCAACGGAGGCGAGUCAAACCCUGAAGAGAAUAUCGAAAUGGAGGUCCUGAAGGACACCGACAAGCCCGAUGAAGAAGCGGCUAUGUUACCUGAAAAAGAAAAAGAGAUGACUCUUCGUCGGGAUGAACACAUAGAGAAACGACCCUGGCACGCUCUUGUCAGUUACGUCGACGAGCUGACUGUGGGCGGCAGAAGGGAUAGCAAGGGGAGGUACAUCGACGGAAUGGGCUCGUUUCCUGGAUUCGGCAGGAACAAGCAGCCGAAAGUGCCCCAGGACUGCUUUCCUCAGCAUUGCUACCAAAAAUGUAGCUGCAUCAAUAGAUGCAUCGCCACCGAUCUGGGCAGAAGGUGGAUCAACGUUAGAUCGGCGGUCCUCUCGGUGGUGGAUACCCCGGCCUUCGAGUGGAUGAUCUUGGUCCUGAUAUUCGCAUCUUCCAUAACCCUUUGCUUCGAAGACAUCUACCUGGAUGACAAUCCGUUCCUCAAGAACAUCCUCUACUGGACCAAUCUGGGCUUCUGCGCCCUCUUCAGCAUCGAGAUGCUUCUCAAGUGGCUGGCUCUCGGCUUCUGUAAAUACUUCACCAGUUUCUGGACAAUCCUGGAUUUUAUAAUCGUUUUCGUAUCUAUGUUUAGCCUUUUAAUAGAGGAGAAUGAAAAUCUGAAAGUCCUACGAUCGUUAAGGACACUCCGGGCACUAAGACCCUUAAGGGCGAUAUCAAGAUGGCAAGGCAUGAGAAUCGUAGUGAACGCGUUGAUGUACGCCAUACCCAGUAUAUUCAACGUGCUCCUCGUCUGUCUCGUGUUCUGGCUCAUUUUCUCAAUAAUGGGCGUGCAAUUCUUCGGGGGCAAGUUCUUCAAAUGCGUGGACGAGUACGGGGAGUUGUUGGACAUAUCGGUAGUGAACACCAAGGACGACUGUCUGUAUCAGAAUUAUUCCUGGGAAAACAGCAAGAUCACUUUCGAUCAUGUCGGCAUCGCUUACUUAGCGCUUUUUCAAGUGGCAACAUUCGAGGGUUGGAUGGAAGUGAUGGAAGAUGCCGUGGAUGCAAGAGGGGUUGAUCUUCAACCCCAGAGAGAGGCAAAUUUGUACGCAUACUUUUACUUCAUAAUAUUCAUCGUCUGCGGCUCUUUCUUCACCCUCAACCUGUUCAUCGGAGUUAUAAUCGAUAACUUCAACAUGUUGAAAAAAAAGUAUGAAGGUGGCGUGCUAGAAAUGUUUCUGACCGAGAGCCAGAAACACUACUACACUGCCAUGAAAAAACUCGGUCGCAAAAAACCGCAGAAAGUGAUUAAACGUCCGAUGAACCAAUUCCUCGCCAUGUUCUACGAUUUGUCUAACUCCCGAAGAUUUGAGAUAGCGAUUUUCGUGCUGAUAUUCCUGAAUAUGCUGACGAUGGGUAUCGAGCACUACAACCAACCGCAUCCGAUAUUCUUCGUGCUGGAAGUGUCCAACGCGUUUUUCACGACGGUCUUCGGCCUGGAGGCCAUAGUGAAGAUCAUCGGCCUGAGGUACCAUUACUUCACGGUCCCGUGGAAUCUCUUCGACUUCCUGCUAGUACUAGCUUCGAUCCUGGGCAUACUCAUGGAAGACAUCAUGAUGGAUUUUCCCGUGUCCCCGACGCUCUUGCGGGUGGUGAGGGUGUUCAGAAUCGGUAGGAUCUUGAGGCUUAUAAAGGCUGCUAAAGGGAUCCGCAAACUGCUCUUCGCCCUAGUCGUCAGUCUGCCGGCCCUCUUCAACAUCGGGGCACUGCUAGCGCUGAUUACUUUCAUCUACGCCAUCAUCGGCAUGUCGGUCUUUGGCCACGUUAAGAAGCAAGGUGCCUUGGAUGAUAUGGUCAACUUUGAGACCUUCGGGCGAAGUAUGCAGCUGCUGUUCAGAUUGAUGACCUCGGCUGGGUGGAAUGACGUCCUGGAGUCCCUGAUGGUACAGCCACCAGACUGCGACCCAACGCCCACCAGCCGGCAGAUGAAUGGCGACUGCGGAUACCCCCUCCUCGCGAUCACGUACUUCACGUCCUUCAUCAUUAUUAGCUAUAUGAUCGUCAUCAACAUGUACAUCGCCAUCAUCCUGGAAAACUUUAACCAGGCUCACCAGGAGGAGGAAAUCGGCAUCGUAGAGGAUGACCUAGAGAUGUUUUAUAUAAGAUGGUCUAAGUAUGAUCCACACGCUACGCAAUUCAUCCGAUUUUCGCAGCUGAGCGACUUCAUAGCGAGCCUCGACCCGCCGUUGGGAAUAUCAAAGCCCAAUGUCGUAGCGUUGGUUAGCUUUAAUCUUCCCAUCGCAAAGGGUAACAAGAUCCAUUGUCUGGACAUCCUACACGCUCUCGUCAAGCACGUCCUCGGGCACGUGGAAGAAUCCGAGGACUUCCGUAAACUACAGGAACAGAUGGACGUUAAGUUCAAGAAGCAGUUUCCAACGCGUAAGGAGCUGGAAAUUGUGUCUUCCACCAGGAUUUGGAAGCGCCAGGACAAGGCGGCUAGGUUGAUUCAGCGCACGUUCAGGGAGUACGUCAGAUUGAAGAAGGAACGCGAAAGGAUCGCCCAGGAAGUGGACUCGCAGACACAGACCUCCAGCCCUGGAGGUGGCGGCAGUGAAGGUAGGGGCGGGGGCGGGUGGGGUGGAAAGCUGUCGGCCCUCCUGCACGUACACAGAGGUAGUAGGGCCAGUAGCCGCAAGUCCUCCAGGGCCAGCGACGCCAGCGACCUCAGCGAGCUCGGGACCGCCUCCGCGUGGCUCUUCCCGAACCUGCCGCUGCUGCUGCUCUCCGGCGCCACCGGAACCCACGAGGACCUGCAACCCCCCGCCCUGACCGUGUCCCGUCCCUCACCGACCACCGACCAGCCUGAGGCUGCCUCCAGCUCUGGCUCAGACUCCCACGCCACUCUCAGAUCCUCGGGACCAACAUUAGGUCGCCAGGACGCCGUCGAGAGUUACACCGACGAGGAUGUUCUGAGUCCUCCAAUUUCCAAGAGAGGCUCCCUGCGACCAAGUGGAACGGCCUUGUCGCUGAACAUGCUGCAACGCGACAUAAAGGACGCGUUCAGCAGGCGUUGCAGCAGCCUCAGAAGGAGGCCGCACCCCCCGGAGCCGGUGGCUCUGCCGAUCCCUGACGGGAGCGACGUCAGUAUCCUGGUAACGGAGCCCAGUCCCGAAAAUAUCGCUCCUCCUGCUAGACCCCCGUUAAUGAGGCAGCAAUCGGAAGCGACGGUGGUGCACGCACUGGUGCACCGAGAGAGCGAGGAGUACCACGAAACUCCGGACGACAGCUGA